AUAUGGUGCUCUGAUGUGGUCUCUUGGGAAAGUCGUGCAGACGCCCGAAGUGAUGCGAGUCUAUCUAGGAUCUUUUUGGCUUGAAAAACCACCAAACGCAUUCGAUGAUUGUAGACAAUUGCUCGAGGCUGAACAAAAGGAUUUGUUGAACAAUUUAAGGGAUUUGCCUCGUAACGCUACCAUCAGGAAGAUCAAUGAAAUCGUCAAGAGGGCAAGAUUAGCAAAG